AUGAAUCAACGAAGUUCGUUUGGGGUUGACAUGGACUCAUUUCAGAAGCUUGUUGAUGGAUUGGACUUUCAUUCGCGCGACGAACUGACAGGAAGACUUCAGGAGGGUGAUCAACAACGAUAUCUUGAUGUUUGCAAGAAGUUUGAACCUUGGGGACGGGAAGAUCUUAUACAUCUUUCAAAAAUUGCGCCGCCAAACUUCUUUGUUGAUAUUAUCGCCUCUUACAAGUCAAGGUCGAAACUUAUGCCACCAACUGAAGACACACUUCGCGUCCACACAGAGCUCAGAACCAAGUCAAUUGGUGAGAAGCGAAAGAAUAUCAACAAGACAUGCAACCUCAAUAUUAUUCCACCCGAAAUCAGGGAGCAGGUCUUCCGUCUUAUUCUCAAGGAUUACUUUGAGGAGUUCCCUGAACGUUCAGUGCUGGUCUACCAAAACUGGAUCAUGGGACUCUGUAAAAAGAUCGUUGUAUCAGGAAACGCAGGAUUGCCUCUCAAAGAUCUUCCUGCCUUUGAAAUCGCUUUGAUCCCUGAUCAGAAGCUCUAUCGAGAGUUCUUUGCUUUGAGGAUUAAGCAAUGUACACUUGAACUUCGUCCUAGCGUUACUUGGAGCCAUGUCUAUAGUUUCCCUCCCGAAGUUCAAGUUGCAGAUCCACCUGAGGAGAUCACGGAGUGGGUGACCGAUAGCUCGAAAAGCAGUUUUGAGUAUAAGGCGUGGGUUUAUUUGCAAGAAAAAGAGCUUGGCCUUCAUCCCAACAUCGGCGAUAGUAAUCAUAAUCUGCCUCUACGUGGUUGGGUUUUGCAUUAUCCUUCUCUCUCGAAAUUAUCUCCAACAAUGUUGGAUAAUAUUCGCAGUAUUUACAUCAUCUUAAGCACCGAUUACCUUUACACACAGUACAUCGGUGCUGAGCGAUGGAAAAAACGCUCUGCUCCUACAUUCGACGAUCUCAGCUGCAAUCUGAAUUACGCUGCGAACCUAGCCUCCCUCUCUUACAUUCUGGGCCAUGAAAGACGGGGUUCCGUAUACCCGAUCAUUCACAACGAGACCCUCCGUUCUAUCACGGUCCUUCCAAUUGUCCUCCGCUCCCUCGAGAACUCCCUCGCUGUCGAUCCCAAGCAGAGCACUCCAAAUACCAACACUCAUUCUUUGAUCCCCGCACCUCUAUCCCAGCUCACAACGUUCAGUAUCAAGACUUUCGAAACCAAUAACCCCCCCGGAAUAUGUGGUGGGCCCAAACACUGCGUAGAAGACCCUGCUAGCCUGCGUAAAGGCGCGGAAGUUAUAAAUAGAUUACUGGCAAUUUCUCCGGAGAUAUCACGGAUUGCGAUGGUACCUGAAAUGGGCCGGCGAUUUAUUAAUAUAGGAUGGGGAGUUAGUUGUUACCAGUUUGUCUGGGCCGCGGGAGACGGUAGAAAAUUGUUGAUUUGUGAGAAGACAGAGAGUGAGCAGUAA